AUGGGCUCCACAAAAGGAGAAGUAUUUAAUUAUGAGGAAUGUAUUGGCACCGAUUUUGUCAUGCUCAUCUUUUUCACCUACUCUGUGCUUUGGCUGAUCUCCUCUAAUGCUUGUUUCGUUCUGUCAGUCCCUACAGAUUUUAGCAAGCGAGUGUACCAAGGAGUGCGAGUGAAACACACGGUCAAAGAUCUUCUCGCUGAAAAACGAUCCAGGCAGAGCAGUGGCUCCCGCUGCAGUGGCAGCACCAGCUCGCUGCAGUCGCCAUUUGUCCAUACACCUGGCUCACCUACCACAGCUGGUUACUACGGAGUCAGGAAACCCCUCAUGGCCGAGAUGGAUUUCCACAACACAAAGCAGUUGGUCAGCUAUGUCUACUCACCUCUUCCAGGGUCCAAGUCCCUCUCGUGCGAUUCCUCUGCCGUUCAGGGCUACUCGGCGCUUCUGGAUCCGUACCUCCCUGACCAACACGGGGAUCACCAACGUACUGCUCCCUUCGUGCCGGCUACCGGCUCCUUCUUCAGCCCUUCCUCGCUGCCCCCUCUCCUGCCGUCCUUCCCUAAUGACACAGCACAUUUCCUACUAAGAGAGCCCUGGGAACAGACCUCUCCUGACAGUCUCGGCCAGUCCGACGGCGUGUGCUCCGACUCCUUCCAAGCGCUGCCUGCCGCUGCCAGCUGCCUUUCCUCCCACGAGACUGGAAGCACUUCCUCAUACAGAAGCUCAGGCUGGACCUCCGCCGUGCCCGGAGUCCAGCCUUACCCUCUACAUCCUCUUGAAGAGGUCCACUGCUCCCCCAGCUAUGCUGCCACCUCACCCUACUCCUUUUCGCCAUUUAUGACUGCGGCAAAUGAGCUCACCUCGAGGACGGGCCAUCUCUCACCGGAGCAGUCCUCAGCUAUGCCGCCCCUCCACGACACCUCUUCCUGGCCAAAAGAGGAUGGAGGUCUCAUCUGGGGGACAUAUGAUGGCUGGAGAACUUACUGA